AUGAUAAAGCUGGAUCCAAAAGCCCCUAAGUGGUUCAUUAAUAAGCCUCCUAUUAAUUGGUCAAGGGAUGUUUUUUCUUCUUUCACAAAAUGUGAUAUGCUAUUAAAUAAUAUGUGUGAAUCAUUUAACAGUGUAUUGUUGGUUGCAAGAGACAAACGCAUUUUGACAAUGCUUGAGUCAAUCAGGAUGUACAUGAUGUCAAGUGUUGUUUUCGAAGUUUCAAGUAUUAUUAGCGAGAGUGGAGCAUCAAUGCAGUCUAGUUCCUCGUUUGUGAGCUCAAAAAUUAUUAAACAACGUAAUCAGGAAACAACACAACCUAAAGAGCAAUUGAUGAGGUCUGCAUUCCUUUCAGCAGAAAUUGACAAGCAUUCUAGGGAAGAUACAGGAUCAUUCCUCAUCCAGAAAGGAGGAAAACAAUAUGUCCCAACAUCAAGUUACGAGAGGCGCUUUCUCAAACCAGCAAAAGAAGAGGAAAGGGACCACAAGCUAAGCAGAAAAUAG